AUGAAAAUGCGCGUGCAGCAAUCCCACCCGAAGGCUUACAAAGCCAUACUAAACCAACAUUACGUAGACGAUUACAUUGACAGUUUUUCCACCGAGAUAGAAGCUAAAGAGACUACCAAGCAAGUCAUCACUGUCCAAGAUCAGGCUAGCUUCUUCAUACGCAAUUUUAUCAGCAAUUCGGAAUGCUUGCUAAGUGCGAUCCCCUCUGAAAGACGACAAAGUGGUGAAUCAGUUGUCUUUUUCGAAGAAAAACACGGCGCGUAUAACAAGAUACUCGGAGUGCAUUGGAACAUCGUAUCCGACUGUUUAGGGUACAACAUCAAACAUGAUAACAUCCGCACCGAUCUCUUGCCCAAUCAGAACCCGACGAAAAGAGAGGUACUAAGCUUCGUUAUAAGCAUCUACGAUCCCUUAGGUCUGCUUAGUUACAUAACCAUUCAAGGAAGAAUAUUGCUACGAUCGCUACACAGAGCAAUGACCGAUUGGGAUGAACGUAUACCUGAAGAUCUUGGAGUUAAAUGGCGUGAAUGGUUGAUUCUAGUGAAAGAGGCAAAUCGAUUCGAAGUCUCACGAUGCGUCAUACCGACGAAAACACAAUCAAUCGAACUGCACACGUUCGUAGACGCAUCGGAAGAAGCAUUCGCGGCGUGCGUGUACCUCAGAAGCUUCAACGGACAAAAGUACACGACGCAUUUACUUGCUGCAAAAGCGCGAGUGGCUCCUUUAAAAAACUUAUCUAUCCCGAGACUCGAGCUGCAGGCAGCCGUGCUGGGAGUGCGACUCACACAUUUGGUGAAACAGGAGCUACGAGUAACGAUUGAAAAGACGACUUACUGGAGUGAUUCACAAGCGGUACUAGGGUGGAUCGUGAACCGCAAAAGAAAGUACCAUCAGUUUGUCGCCCAUCGAGCCAGCGAAAUACUCGAGACUUCUGCCAUGGAUCAGUGGCGAUGGGUGCCCACUAAAAAAAAUCCCGCCGACCGAGCGACGAAGAUAACGGCGACUGAUGAUGUGUGGAAGCAUGGCCCAUCGUUUUUACUGCAACAGGAAACCAUGUGGCCACAGGCCCGCAUAAAGCCUACAGCAGAAGAGGAACGCGUUACGCACCAUUUUGAAGAACGUAAGCUGCUGAACGAGAACUACUACUCAGACUGGAGGAAGUUAGUGCGGCAUGGAGUAAUUCUUCGAAAGUUUGUCCUUUGUAUCUAA